UCCCCAUUGACAAAUUAGGAAUAGUAGAGAAUAGUAAAGAGGAGACGAUUCCUUGUUGUAAAACCUAGAAUUUGGGUUCAAUUUAGUGGAUAAUUAGUUUCUCUAAUGUUUACAACGAAACCGUAAUUUACUGGUUCCUGCUAGCUUUUGUCAAGAAGGCAAAUCAAAGGAACGGUGAAUAUCAUUGUGCCAUACCACGGAACCAGUGUGCAAUUAUGGAUAGUGAUGCGGAGAUAAUGUAGCAGCUAAUAGAAACGAGAUUGGCUGCAUUUUAAAACCAUGAAAGUACACAGAUAUUUGGCAGUUCUGCUGUUAACAUCAUUCGCUCUGAUUUGGUACUAUAUCUUACGUGUAAACAAUGGAUAUCUUAUUGGACUUAGUCUGGGGUCUAACUCUACUCUCACCGGUUACGGGGCGGGGCGGAAGAGUAAUUCACGACCGCUGGUCAAUGGGAGUGAGAUAGCGAUCGUUGUGGUCGCGUGCGGCGAACGCCACAACGAAGCAAUGAAUAUGAUCAAAUCUGCGAUUAUGUUCAAUCGGAACCAGGCAUCGCUGAAAUUCAUUGUGGUAGCGGAGGAUCAUUUGAAGCAAAACUUUGUGGAGAAGUUAGAUGAUUGGCAAGCUAUUAAUGACAAUAUCUUUACUUAUGAAAUACAUUCCCUUACCUUUCCGGCUGCAAAUAAGGAUGAAUGGAAGAAGUUGUUUAAACCAUGUGCUGCACAAAGACUAUUCCUGCCGUCCCUCCUAACGCAUAUCGACUCAGUAUUAUAUGUAGACUCAGACACAAUUCUGUUGUCAUCCGUUCAAGAGUUGUGGUCCAUGUUUCAUAACUUCAACGCGACACAGUUUGCCGGAAUGGCACCAGAGCAUGAGGAUAAAAAUGCGGGCUGGUACAAUCGGUUCGCUCGUCAUCCGUAUUACGGGGACUUGGGGGUGAAUUCGGGGGUUAUGCUGAUGAAUCUCACGCGCAUGAGAAACUUCAAAUGGGAGCAGCACAUUAUGCCAAUUUAUAGGGAGUACCGCCUGAAAUUGGUCUGGGGCGAUCAGGACAUCAUCAAUAUAUUCUUUCAUCAUAACCCAGAGCGACUGUUCGUGUUUCCUUGCGAUUGGAACUAUCGGGCAGAUCACUGCAUGUAUAUGAGUGUUUGUGAAGCCCCGGAAGGGGUUAAGAUAAUGCAUGGCAAUCGAGGGUACUUCCAUUCGAUGGUACAACCGAUCUUCAACUUGAUCUACAGCACAAUCGAGGAAUAUGCCUUCCGAACGGAUGUCCAUUCGAAUUUUAUACGAACGAUCGAAGAUUCGCUGGUGCUGCCGAGCAAUUCUAACUGUGAUAAGUUACUGGACAAGUUUUUGCAGGAUCCUAGGAAAUAUUUCAAGCAAAAUCAAUAUGUUGACGAUACUUAACUACCAUGAUGACGAUGGGAUUCAUCACACGAGUCACACCCACAAAUUCCUGCAUUCAAAAUACAGCAAUCAAAAAUGGAGCAUACGGAGUCUAGCAUAUCGCUUGCUAAAUCAGUAAAUUCGAAUAUUAACGAAUUCUUUUUCAAUCAACGAUUUCAACUAUACGGAACAAACGAACAGAGAGAAAAUUACGAUUUCGACACUGAUAUACAUAUACGUAGUGAAGGUGAAACAAUUUUACGAAAACUCGCGUUAUCUGAUAUAUUUUUUUACAGUGCCCUUGUGUAAGUUUUGAAUAUUGUUCAAUUUUUUUUUCUACUGUGUAUUGAAGUAGGUCUUCAAGCAAAGACAUUAGUCAGAAUUCAUUGACUCUAGAUGUAAUGUUGAUUUCAUAUAGUUUGAAAUGUAAAUAAAAAAAUGCAAUCUUUUA